UAGACAUGAAGAAUAUUUUCCAUCAUUAUGAACAGUUCAUAUGAACAGUCAUAUACAUACAAUAUAUACUAUAUAACACAUUCAGAGAACUGUGAACCAAGACCGUUAAACUGUGUGGUGGGAGGAUUCACACGCACAAGACUAACAUGUUGAGAGUUUUCAGCAGACAGUCUUAUUGGACUUUUCACUGAAUCAUUUAAGAAAAUGUUUUUGGUUUUUGUUUUGUUCUGUUUAUGCUGCUGGAGUCUGAUUGGUGUAUUUAGGGCAGAAACAAUUGAAACACAGUCGGUGUCAGUGGUGGAGGGAGAUUUGGUGUUACUGUACACUAAUGUUACUGAGAUGCAAGAACAUGACAACAUAUUGUGGACAUUUAGAUCUGAAGACAAUGUGAUAGCUAGAGCUAAUAGAAACAAACAAAAAAUAUCCAUGUAUGAUGGUAAUGAUGGGAGAUUUAGAGACAGACUGAAACUGGACAAACAAACUGGAUCUCUGACCAUCACAAACAUCACAACUCAACAUGCUGGAGUUUAUAAACUACAAGUAAGGUCAGCGCAACUGUCAACAAAAAUAUUCAAUGUUUCUGUCUAUGUUCAUCUGCCUGUUCCUGUCAUCAUCAGUAACUCUUCUCAAUGUUCAUCAUCAUCGCAGCAGAAUUGUUCAUUGUUGUGUUCAGUGGUGAAUGUGAGUCAUGUGAAUCUCUCCUGGUACAAAGGAAACAGUUUAUUGUCCAGCAUCAGUGUGUCUGAUCUCAGCAUCAGUCUCUCUCUACCUCUGGAGGUGGAAUAUCAGGAUAAAAACACCUACAGCUGUGUGAUCAACAAUUCAUUUACUAACCAGACCAGACAUCUGGACAUCAGCAAAUUCUGUCACCCAUGUGCAGAACCUAACUCUCCUUUACAACAAGACUCAUCCCUAAAAGUGCCGAUCUUUGUUGCUGCUGGAUCUCUGUUGACUGUUGUUGUAAUCGGGGUCUUCUGCAUCUACAGGAAAUGUAAAAAAACUGUUAAAGACGGCAAGUGUUAGCUACUUUUUUUCCACAAGUAUUAUAAGAAAAAUUCUAAACAGUUUAACCAAUUGAUAACACUAGAAUGAAACUGAUGGGUUAAUA